UCAUCUAUUAGCUGAUCUUCGAUCUUGAUUUUUGUUUACCACAAAGUAACAGAACAUGUGGAGCUCGUCGCCCAGAGCGUAGCUUCUGUUAUUUUUUCCUCAUUUUGACAUCGAUCAGCGAUUAUCGAAGAAUUUGUGUCUUGAUCUUCGAAUCUUCGCUGAUCAUCAAGCCCACGAUGCACAAAAAGAUCUGGAAAUGAUAUAUUUGGCAUAAUCGUGAUCGCCAUCUCCAUGUCCGAUCUGUACAAACCACUCCAGCAAGGCCAGAUCAGGCUGCUAGAACUAGCUCCUGGGAAGGCUGAGGAACAUAUUGUCUGCCAACUUCGACAUGUCAAACUAGCGGAUGCCAUUCCUUUUGAAGCUCUAUCAUACCGUUGGAGUCAUAGAAAACAGAGUCACCGCAUUGUGAUCAAUGAAAGACCGAAGCAUAUAUCACACAAUCUUUACUCAUUCUUAAGACAUGUUCGCAGCCCAAUCGAGCAACGAAUUCUGUGGGUUGAUGCUCUUUGCAUUGACCAAAGCAAUUUUUCGGAAGUUGAUCAGCAGGUACAGCUCAUGGGAACUAUAUAUUCAACAGCCAAAUUAGUUCUGGUUUGGCUUGGCGAGGGUUCAGCGAAGAGCGGGGAAGCCAUAGAAUUCGUAGAUAGUCUGCCAACAAAGGACUAUCUGAUUGAUGAAGCCAUAAAUAGCGGAGUUAUUCCAGGCUUUACGCAAAGACCAUGGACCUAUCUAGCUGAGCUUUUAUCUUUGGAUUACUUCGAGAGAGUUUGGAUCAUACAAGAAAUCGCUCUAGCCAAGGACGUAGCUGUGAUUGACGGACAAGCCUCAACUGAAUGGUGGAAACUCAGUUGGGCAGCCAGCCAGUUCCGAAGGCUUUCCGAUCUGGAAACCAGUGCUACAAAGAGAAAAAUAUUGGCGUACAAUAUGAAAGUAGCCAGAAGUAUUUCGGCUAUUGCAUCUAUAGAUAAAGCAAGAAACGCUAUUUAUGGUGACCAACGAGAUCCGGAACUUUUGCUUGCGCUCUUAGCACGGCACCGAGCUGCCAAAGCAACAGACCACCACGACAAUAUCUUCGGCUUGUACGGUCUAGCACCUAGGUGUUUUGAAGAGCUAGAUCUUCUUCCGAAGUACGAUUUGCCGGUUGACGCGCUCUAUCGACAGUGCGCUCUCGCUAUUUUGAGGAGAAGCCGGAACCUGGAUAUUCUUAGCGUACCACGAACCCAUGGGCUAGAUCCAUCAUCCACACAUGUUCUACCUUCUUGGGUACCAGAUUGGAGUCAAUAUCCUUAUCUGGAGUCGCUCUUGAAAGUUGAAUACCCAGGGACUAGGCGGGUUGUUCGUGCGACAAACGACUCUCGUUGGAACCCUGAGCCAGGCUCUGAUUCUAACCUGUUGCUUCUUGAAGGCUACCAUGUUGAUGUGGUUACCAGUAUGGUAUUCGUUCAACAUGAUACUCAACCAUCCGAGCGAUUAAGGAGUACAUCGUUUGUCGCCAAGAUUAAAGAACUUUCUCACGACAUGAAGCAGCACGGUAGACUUGACUGGUCUGUUGACAAAAUUACAAAGGCACGAUCGAGAAAACCGUAUGUCACAGACGAUAACAUGAUGGAUGUUCUCUGCGGUACAAAAUGUGCUGGCGACUGGGAAGAUGGUUGGCAAGCCGCAAAAGGCGCAUUUGACCGAGAACGAAAUGCACACAAAACCGAGCGCCGUUUAUAUCCAGUAAGCCGUGUCUUACCGGUGUACUCUUGUCUCGCUGCGGUGGAACUUACUCGAUCCCGCCGCGCCAAAUUGACAAUCCCGCAAGCUCGAAAAGAUGAUUUAGAAUUUAUCACUUACAACCGCAGUAUUGGUCGAAGCAUUUUCAGAACUAGACGCGGCUACAUUGGACUAGGACCUCCUCUUCUGAAUAUUGGGGAUAAGGUCUCACUUUGCAAGGGUGGAAAAUUACCACUAAUCCUUCGCCCAAAGAAGCGAAAUUGGGAACUAAUUGGAGACUGUUAUGUACAUGGGAUGGUCAAAGGAGAGCUUUGGGAUGAAGCAAAAUGCGAACACAUGUGGAUUGAGUAGCCAAAAAGGAGUUAGCAGAGUGGUCGCUUUGCUAUGGGAUUUUGAUGAAUUUGUAUCCUUGAUUUUGGCUGGCUCAUUUUCGUAUAAACGAUAUUCUCAAGAAGACAACGGAAUAGCAGGGUGUGAGGUAGAGCACAAGGAUGUCUGAUCUGAUACGGGAAUAUUAUGAAAUCUGUUGAAAAGAGCAAAAUCCUAGUCUUUGUGUGGCAAAUUACCAAGAAUGCUUCUACCACAGAAGCUUGAGCGGG